AUGCCCUUGUGGAGAGGGUUCCUCUCAGACACCGAGACACGUCCUGCUGCAAUGCCAGACGUACGGCGCAUUGAGAAAGCUAUCGUCUCUAACCCGCUGGCAACCCGCUACGUUGCCAAAUUCAUGCACCAAACCGGUCUUCUUGCCCAGUUUCAACACGCUGAGCAAGAAGGGUCUGAUGAUGAAUCUGGAGACCUUGAGGUCAUGGAACAGAGUCCCGAAGACGCUGGGCACUACCCAAUGCUUGCUAACAACGUCGACGGUGGAGAGAACCUUGAUGCGCUAUUCGAAUAUACGCUGCCGGACUGGGCGAUCCCUGAACGGCGUGAAACAACAAUGAACAGCAAUGGAGGCUGA